AUGCCAUCUCUUUCAAAAAGCAUAUAUAGCACAUAAUAAACGGUGUUAAAUCACCAUACUGACUAUUACAACAGACAAAAGAAGUAAAGAAAGAAAGAAAACCUCUCUCUUCUCUACUAAUCUCUGACGAAGAAACUGAGUUUUAUGGCAACCAGAUCGAAGAGCUUUCAAUUGAUCACCGGCCUAAGGAAGCUCGCUGUCAUUCCACGCGCUUCCUCACGCGCCACCGCCACUGCUCUCCUCACUUCAAGGAGUGGUCACUCCUCGGGGUAUGACAAGAACGUGGAGGAUGAAUUGCAGGCAACUGCAGUUCCUGACGACGUCAUAAAGCCAGAUUCUGAUAAAUACUGGUCUCCUCAUCCUCAAACCGGAGUCUUUGGCCCUUCCACGACUGAUCAGAGUGCCACAGCGGAGGCUACUCGCCAAGACUCGGCGGUGCUGGAGGAGACUGCUUGGUUUCGUCCCAUAAGUCUCGAGGACUCGGACAAGACUCACCAUGUUUAAGUCUCUCUUUCUCCGACCGUUUUAUUCUGAUGUUUAAUGUUGUAAUAAGUUUCCAAGUAGACAAACUGUAUGUCAAGUAGUAGUAUCCUGAAAAACCUUCCAAGGUCUGUUAUGUCUGAAGGGUCCUUUUGCUUUCAAUGUCUAAAGGUUUUAUAAUAUAAUUUCAAACCGAACCAAA